CCACUGAGACCACACUAACGCCCUACAAGAUGGUGUCCCGCAGGGCCGUGGUUGCCCUGCUGGUGGUGCACGCAGUCGUCAUGCUGGCUUUGCAGACUGAAGCCUUUGUCCCCAUCUUCACCUACGGUGAACUCCAGAGGAUGCAGGAAAGGGAAUGGAAUAAAGGGCAAAAGAAAUCCCUGAGUAUGUGGCAGAGGUCUGAGGAGGCAGGUCCUGUAAACCCCGCAGAGCCCACUGAGGAAGAAGAGAACAAAAUGAUUCAGCUGACUGCUCCUGUGGAAAUUGGAAUGAGGAUGAACUCCAGGCAGCUGGAAAAGUACCGGGCAGCCCUGGAAGGGCUGCUGACAGCCAAGUGAUGCCCGGCUCGGGGGAGAAGGUGGACAGCUCUGGGAG